GUAAGCUUUCCCUCGAGGAUCUCCGGUUGUGUGCUUCGAAUGGGAUGUACCCGCGUGAAGCUGCCGAAGUACACGAGGUGCUGGACAGGGCUUGUUUGUGUUGCUUUUAUGGGCUUAUAGGGGUGUGGAUGCCCGGUUUGUUAUGCGCUGAUCCUACCCUCUCAGUUGCCUGCGACUUUCUGAGCUGUUUGGGCUUGCUUUGAUCGGGAUGGUUUCCUUCACACUGUCGGUGCGGGCUACGGCCUUGUACUCGCGGUCGGCCUCAAGGCCGUUUGCGUCCACUCGAUCGUUCUCCUGCACGGCACGCUUCUAUGAGAUUAACAAGAUAUAUCCGUCGGCGAAAGAGGCUAUCAAGGAUAUGAAAUCAGACUCAACACUCCUCUGUGGUGGCUUCGGAUUGUCUGGCGUAGCUAACACGCUCAUAAACGAAGUCAAAGCCACUCCCCAUAUCAAAGGACUUACUGCAGUUUCAAAUAAUGCCGGUGUCCCGGGCAGUGGGCUGGGACUGCUGCUGGAGUCUAAGCAGAUCAAGAAGAUGAUUGCGAGUUAUAUUGGCGAGAACAAGGUUCUGGAAUCGCAAUAUUUGGACGGCUCAGUUGAGGUCGAGCUCACUCCACAGGGCACGCUGGCAGAGAGGUGUCGCGCUGGUGGCCACGGCAUACCGGCUUUCUACACUCCAGCAGCAUUUGGCACGGUGGUGCAGACCGGAGAGCUACCCAUCCGCCACAAUCCUGACGGCACGGUCGCUGAAUACUCGAAGCCUAAGGAUGUCAAGGUCUUCAAUGGCAAGAGCUAUAUCAUGGAGGAAGCAAUCAAAGGUGACUAUGCCUUUAUCAAAUGCCACAAAGCAGACAAGCUGGGCAAUCUCCAAUUCCGCCUGGCUGCGCAGAACUUCAACGGCGCCAUGGCACGCAAUGCGACUGUCACCAUUGUCGAAGCAGACGAGAUUGUUGAGCCCGGCGAGAUCGACCCGGUCGCCGUCCACGUCCCUGGUAUCUAUGUCGACCGUGUUAUCCAGUCUCUCGCUCCCAAGGGUAUCGAGAAAAUCGUCAACGCAAAAGCGCCCGGCGAGGAGAGCACCGCUGGCAUCCUCGGCACCGGCGACACAGCUAGCAAGCGCGAGCGUAUAGUGCGGCGUGCGGCCAAGGAGUUCAAGAACGGCAUGUACGCAAACUUAGGCAUUGGCAUGCCGAUGCUGGCGCCCAGCUUCGUCGAUCCGUCUGUCGAGGUCCAGCUACAGUCUGAGAACGGCCUGCUGGGACUCGGUCCGUAUCCGCAGAAGGGCGAAGAGGAUCCGGAUCUGAUCAAUGCGGGCAAGGAGACGGUAACGCUGAACCCGGGUGCCUCGUGCUUUGGGUCGGACGAGUCGUUUGGCAUGAUCCGCGCAGGGCGAAUUGAUUUGACGAUCCUGGGUGGCAUGCAAGUCAGUGCAAAGGGUGAUUUGGCGAAUUGGAUGUUGCCGGGCAAGGUCAAGGGUUUCGGUGGUGCAAUGGACUUGGUAUCGAAUCCGCAGAAUACGAAGGUUGUAGUGACAAUGGAGCAUACCGAUAAGAAGGGCAGGCCAAAGAUCUUGAAGCAGUGUGAGUUCCCGCUCACGGGCAAGGCUUGUGUGUCGAGGAUUAUUACGGAUCUGUGUGUAUUUGAUGUUGACUUUACGAACGGUCUUACCUUGGUUGAGCUUGCGGACGGUGUUACUGUGGAUGAGAUUAAGUCGAAGACGGAAGCACCUUUCAAGGUGGCAGACGAGAUCAAGCCGAUGCUGUGAGGUGAGGAGAGCCUUUGUUACUGCAUUACUGAGCGAACUUGUAUAUAUCUCCGUCUCUCAAAGCGCACUCUAUAAAGCAUCUUCAAGACGCGGCCCUUUCCAAGCGGAUAG